CGAUCAUCAAUUGAGGGCGCUCUUUAACUUAACCUUGUUGUUUUUGUAGGGCUAGGGAAGAUGAACAUGAUGAAAGAAGCGAGGGGAAACGUUUUCUGAUGAAAGCCAACGCCAACAAAAACUGAACUUUGAAGUUUGAUUCGGUGACAUCGAUGCAGCCAUGACAACCCAACUGUGUUUCAACCAGUCGGAGGCCAUUGAGCUUCAUGGCCCGCAUGGCCUGUACCUCAAGCCCAUUGCAAAGCUCAACAUCUCCGUCACGCUACCCCAGAUGAAAAUGGAAGGCAAGUCCAUCAGCAACUGGGAGGUCAUGGAGAAGCUGAAACGAAUGGCCAAGCCAGACUCCUUCCUGGUGCUUAGGGUCAGUAAGAGCUCCUUGGAGUUCCUCCGCUUUGAGGCAGAAGUGGAAGCCAAGAGCCUCAUCAAGGUCCUCAUCUUGAGACUUGACGGCAAAGUCAUCAAACUCAGUGGGUUCCCCGAGGCUCUCAAAGUCCGGGCAGCCGAGGCCAAGAUCAACUUCCCGAACCGGCAUGACUGGGACUCCUUCUUCCGCGACGCCAAAAACAUGAACGAGAGUAACCCCGGGGAGCGGCCAGACACGAUCAAGGUCGAGAACCUGCCCUGCAAGUGGUUCUCCUCCACGGCUGAGCCUGACAAGCCCAGCGAGCUUAUCGUCAAGAAGAUCUUUGAACUGCUCGGGGAGAUCCGUAAUGUGGACAUCCCGAUGCUGGAUCCAUACCGGCAUGAGUCGCAGGUCAUCGGAGGAAACUUUCGGACAUUUUCCUCCUUCAACACGUUGAUAUUUGAGGCGUACAUACAGUACACAGAGUAUAUCGGAUUCGUCAAGGCAAUGGAUGCUUUGAAGGGAAUGAAACUCUUGAAGAAAGAGACAAGUGCAGAUGAAGAAGGCAAAGAAGGCAAAGCAUACACAGCUGACAUCAAGGUGGACUUUGACAAGACGCGCCACCUCAGCGCCAAAAGCAUCCGGAAGCGGGAGAAGGAACGCCAACGACUGAUCGAACUUGAGAAGCAACGGGAAGAGCAGAAGAGAUUGGAACGGGAAGAAGAAGAGAGAAAAAAGGAGGAAGAAAGGAGGAGGAAGGAGCAAGAGGAGCUGUACAAGACCCAGCGCAAGCAGGCCAAGCUGACGCGCCGGGAGGAGCGGCGACAGCAGCGAGAGGAGAAACGACGCCGGCUGCGGGAGGAGAAGAAACGGCAGCGGCAGGAGCAGGAGCUGCAGCGUCGGAUAGCGCUGGAGGAACGCAAGCUGCUGAUUGCGCUGCGGCAACUGGAGUCCAUCCGGCUGCUGACGGAACUCUUUGAACGGGUCAAGGUAGUAAAACAACAUGAAGAAGUCCAACGCCGGCUUGAAGAACUGGAACAGGAACGACUCCGGCAGUUGGAAGAAGAACAGCUCAAGAAGGAAAGGGAGGAGCAGUCCCGGGCCAAAGAAGAAGCACGCAAGAAGCGCGAGCUGCGACGGCGCGAACUGCGGCUCAAACGCAAGCUGACGGAAAACCUCAAGACCCGAGAGGAACUGGAGGAAGAAAAAAGGCGCGAGGAUCUCAGGCAGAAGCUGAGCGGGCGGACAAGGCUCAAGUCGGCCGUCGUGACCAGUCGGUAUCCAAGGCCUCACAUCGAUGAUGAAUACCGCGCCUACGGGAACAGGGACGAAGUGAAAAUCAGGAAGCCAAAGAUUAAAUCGGCUGUGGCGUUUAAGCACAGGUAGCAGUGCAGACGGUGCGGAGUGCACAACGGACUUGUUAUCAACUUUGGAAGAGAACUUGUACAAGGGAUGAAAGGAUUGUGCGUUAGAGCUCUCGACACAAAACUUGCCCGUGUGUUUUUUAGCGUGGAUUUUUGAAGUGUUGUGCUUCUGAAACUAAGUCUUUGUUGGCAGUAUUCUGGUCAAAGGAAUUGGUAAAAAUGUAGGCAACAAAAAGUGACGUAAUAUUUAGUUCAAAGUUGUAU